GUCCUGUGUGAGGAGAGAGCAUAACAGUGCAGGACAGCACAGGAGGCAGUGACAGAAAUCUGCCCCCUCUAUAUACUGGCAUGGUAUCCACAUAAAGGAUAUACACUGUGGCUGAUAUUAUUUCGCAGACAUGUCUUUAAGUGUCAGUAUAAAGCGGGUAAUAAACCUACCUGGAAAACAUGAAAGACAGGCAGCUCUGACAUUUCGAGGUUUUACACACAGGACAAAGAAAGUCAAAACAGGAUCCGUUGCAGAGUUUGGAGAGCUUUUCAGAUGGCCGCACUAUGGGAAAUUGGUAGCAGAUGAGAUUCUGGCUGUCAAGGUUUACAACUGCAGCAAGGUUUUUAGCAACAGGUUACUGGGCGUCUUGAUAAUCAGCCUUCAACAUCUUCCAGACAGUGGACGACUGAUACUCACGGAAGCUUUGGUGGACAAAAACUACAGUGUCACCGGGAUCUAUGUUGAGUUGGAUAUUCGUUACCAGCCUCCUGAUGGUGCUGCCGGCGCAUGGAUUGGAGAUGAUUUUUUUGCUGCAGUGGAAGACAGCUCUGCAUUCAUUUACAGUAAUCCUGCCUUUGAGGAUGAUGAGGAUAAUCAUGAGACAGCGCGUAAGCUGGAUAAAGAUGCUGUCCGUAUGGGGAAGAGACUUGUGAAAGGCUCAGAAGAUGAUGAUGAUGAUGAUGACUAUGACAUAUAUGAUGAAUCGGAUAUAGAGAUCUCUGGGAUUAAUUUCACUCCAGUCUUGAGUCGCUGCAGUUUUCCUUCAAGGGAUUAUGAGUCCAAUCCCAAACCUAGAAACUUCCAGAUAGCUGUCACCAUCAUACAAGCACAGAAGCUUGUUGGAGUAAAUAUUGAUCCUGUUGUGCAUCUGAAGGUUGGAGAUGAGAAAAAACAUACAAUAACUCAGAAAUCUACUAAUUGUCCCUUUUACAAUCAGUAUUUCCUGUUUGAAUUCCUGGAACCACGUGAAGUUGUAUUCAAUAAACUUAUUGAGAUCUCUGUUGUUCAUGCUAAGAAAAUCUCAUUUAUGGGAACACGGCUAGGGACAUUUAAAAUUGAUGCAGGGACUGUGUAUAACCAACCAGACCACAGAUUUCUUCAGAAAUGGGCAGUUAUAACUGACCCCAAGGAUACCAGAGCUGGAAUAAAAGGCUUUGUGAAGUGCAAUUUAUCAGUGCUUUCAAGGGGAGACCCUAUGACAGCUCCUCCUUCUACCACCAGCGGGCAGAAUGAAGAUAUAGAAAAAAAUUUACUGCUUCCAAAACGAAUUCCAGCAGAAAGGCCAUGGUCAAAAUUUUGCGUGAAAAUAUACAAGGCAGAGGGAUUGCCCAGUAUGAGUUCCGGAAUUAUGGGAAGCUUCUCCAAGAUAAUGGGAGAGAAGAAAGUAUUUAUAGAUCCCUAUGUCCAGGUUACAUUUGCCGGCCAACAAGGUGAAACAGGUGUGGAAAGUGAUACAACAACACCCGAAUGGAAUGAACAAAUUAGUUUUAUUGAACAGUUCCCUCCUCUUGCCCGUAAAAUGAAAAUUCAAGUGCUAGAUGAUGCCCAUAUGGGGGAUGUUGCCCUAGCAACACAUUUUAUUGAUUUAAAGCAAAUAUCUGACCCCAGCAAACAAGUUGGUUUUAACCCAUCCUUUGGUCCUGCUUGGGUGAAUCUAUAUGGGUCUCCUCAAAACUACACAUUGAGAGAUGUCCAUCGAGAUCUCAAUGAAGGUCUUGGUGAGGGAAUCUUCUACAGAGGACGCAUUCUUAUGGCCUUAUCAGUGGAAAUAUUUAGCAACAAUGCAAUGCAAGACAAGAAACCAUUACAAGCUCUGAGAAACGCUUUCAGUAAAUUAAAGGUAAAAAAGAAGAGUAAAAAAUCCAAAGAGAAAGAAAAAGAGGCAACUGUGGAAGACAGUAAAGAUGGUGAAGAUGGAGAGAAUUCUGAGCAGCCUAAUGCUGUGACAGUGGAAGUUGAAGAUACUCAUCCAUUGCCAGAGAAUGCAUUGGGGGUGAAGGAAGAAUUCCUUUUAUUUGGUGUUUUGUUUGAGUGCACAAUGAUUGACCUCAGCAUUGGGAACAAACCAGUCAAAUUUGAGUUCUCAGUAGGGAACUAUGGCAAAGUAGCAGAAGUGAUCCCAAAAGCAUCUAAGAAGAGUGAGAAAACCACAGCAGCCAACGUAACCGAGGAGCACCAGAGUCUGUUAGACACAGGCUCAGAGGAUGAGCUGGAAAUAGAGACUGUGCCAUCAGACACUAAACAAGAGGGUGUAUCUGUUACUCCAAGUAUGCGGCCAGAGCCCACUGAAUAUGACAGUUCCUACAGCUGCAUCUCAAUGAGCAAUGAUAAACCCUGCAUAUACGUGUGGAGCUACUGGGAGGACCACAGCUGGAGACUCUGCAUCUCCAACUGGAUUGUCAAGAUAGCUGAACGGCUGGAACUUGGAAUUGAUGAAGUGGAGAAACUUUCCAGGAGACCAAAAUCCAGCCCUGAAGUUCGUCUUAAGAAGGUUUUUGAAGAAUUUGUUGCUGGUUGCAGACAAUACUCUCUCAAUGCCGGCAAAAGAACAAUGAGUCGGCCUAAUAAUCUUGACCAGUGCAGAGUAAAGGCUCUUACACACAACGUUAUCUUAAAUGCUAAGCGAGGACUAAGGGCGAGUCGGAAACUGAACAAGUUUAAUGUGAAAGAGAAGAUAAUUGAUGCCAAAAGAAUUUUAAAAAAUAUCAGAUUUUUGGCCAAAGAGCCACAGUGUACGCUUCCUGAUGUGCUUAUAUGGAUGAUUAGUAAUAACAAGAGGGUGGCAUACUGCAGAAUUCCUGCUCAGAAUAUACUCUAUUCAGUGGUAGAGGAAGAGAAGGGUAAAGACUGCGGCAAGAUAUCCACAGUGUUUUUCAAGACCCCAGGUUCAUACAAUGGGCAAAUCUUUGCAAAAGCAGAAGUUUACCUGUGGCUGGGAGUGACAAAAUAUGCCAAGAAUUGCACAUCUGAGCUCCCGGAGGAUUUCAAACCUCUAUAUGAUAGAGCAGGACAGCUGGUGGAAACUCCAACCACCAACCCUCCAAUCAAUCUCAGUCGGGAUGAUUUUUGUUACUUUCAGUUACGAGCCCAUAUCUACCAGGCCCGGGGCAUCCUACCAGCUGAUGACAAUGGCUUGUCAGACCCAUUUGCCAAAGUCAUCUUUGGUAACCAAUGCCAGACAACCAAGGUUAUUAAUGAGACCCUUGCACCUAUGUGGAAUGAACUGCUGAUAUAUGACCAUCUAGUGAUGGACGGGAAUAGGAAGGAUUUAAUCAAUGACCCUCCUAUGAUCAUAAUCAAUAUAUACGACCAAGAUAAGUUUGGAGCACCUGAGUACCUGGGCCGUGCUUUUGCUACUCCCAUUGUCACACUCCUGGAAGAUGAGGACAGUGAAGAGGGAGAGCCAAAAUAUACACAGCCAGCCCUGCAAUUUUUUGACAUUUUCAAGGGAAAUAUGGAAGCUGGUGAACUAAUAGCAACAUUUGAAUUAAUAGAACUGAAUAACAAAAAGUAUCUGGAGCCAACCAUACCUGAUUAUGUGUACCCCAAAGAACCUGAGUUUAUGGAAGAAGAGUCCGAGCGAUUCAUUAUCCCUGCAGGAAUCCGCCCAGUGCUCAAGGAAUUCAGGAUAGAGGUUCUUUUCUGGGGACUGAGAGAUUUGAAAAGGAUUAACCUCUUUGAAGUGGACCAACCACAGGUCCGUAUUGAGUGUGCUGGGAAAAAAGUAGAAUCUGAAGUUAUAUUGAACUACAAAGAAUUCCCCAAUUUUACAGAGCUGGUUAAGUCUGUGAAUGUGGAGCUUCCAGAGCAGGUUUAUCUUCACCCACCACUAAGUAUCUUUGUUGUGGAGAAACGCGCCUUUGGCCGCUCUGUAAUGGUUGGGUCCACAGUUGUCUCUCAUCUCAUGAAGUUUGCUCCUAAAGAAUUGGAAGAGAAAAAUGAAGAGGCAGAAGCCAAAAUAAAACGUGAGUUUUUCUGGUCUCAGCUGUCACGUUCUGGCAGUUCUCAAGGGGACAUUCAUGCCAUUUAUGGGGUUAUAUUUAAUAAAACCAGGGCUUUUAGUUUGGGUACUCACCAGUAUUAA